CACUGCAGCCCUCAGAGGAAAGCGUGUGUGACCAUUUUCAAGUAUUUAGAAAAAGUUGUGUCUCUAAAAGAUAGCCACGAUGAGCCACAGCCCAGAGAGAAUGUCCUCAUAUCGUCGUUGUUUUGAGGGCGUAAAUGUUAACAAACUUCGGGUGUCUAGUCCAUCUCCUACCCGACGAGAAACUCGCCACAGGUCAACCAGCUUCAACAGAAAUGUGGGGUGGAAGGUAACAGGCUGCAGGACCCUCACCUACAAGCCUCGUCUGACCAGCAGCAGUGCAAGUAUGGGCUCGUUGUGCUUGGAUGUGUCUACUGGACAUGGGACAAAUUUGGACCUGGAUGCAGCAGCAGCAGAAAACCAGGCUUUCAAGCUGACUCGCACUAAUGAGAGGCAGGAAAUGGUGGUCCUCAACGAUCGCCUGGCAUCCUACAUUGAAAAGGUUAGAACUUUGGAGUCCAAGAACAAACUGCUAGAGGGUGAGAUCGAGGCUUUGAAAUCCACCUAUGAGAGAACAGCAGGUUUGAGGAAGCUUUAUUCAUCACAGCUAAAGGAACUGAACAAAGAAGCUGAACAAAUAAAGGAGCAGAGGGAUUUGUCCUUGGUAGCCAAAGAGGAAAUGUCUUGCCAGUUGGAUGUGCUGAAGUCUAAAUAUGAUGAAGCUCUUGAGGCCAGGAAGCAGAUAGAGCGUCAAAUCGAGACUCUGCGCCCGGAUGUGGAUAAAGCCACUUCAACCAGAAUUAAACUGGAAAAGCAGCUGGAGAACCUGGAGGCUGAGCUGACCUUCCUGCAGGGAGUUCACAAGGAGGAAAUCGAUGAGUUGAUGCAGCAGAUCAAUUCAGCAGCUUCAAGGAUGGGCUUGAACUUCAACCUCCCAGACCUUUCCUCUGCUCUCACGCAGAUUCAGUCUCAGUACGACAGCAUUGCUGCUAAGAAUCUGCAGGAUAUGGAUGCAUGGUACAGAUCAAUGUUCCAGGACAUGAGUGAUGCUUCAUCCAAGCAUGCACAAAGCAUUCGAACUCUGAGAGAGGAAAUUACUGCUUAUAGAAAAGAUAUCCUGAAUAAGGAACAAGACUUGGAGUCACCGAGGGCAAGAAAUGAGCAUUUGGAGGCCUACAUCCAUGACGCUAAAGAGAAACAAAUGAAGUUGGAGGAAGAAUUAGAGGAGCACAUUGAGGCAGUUAAAAAAGAUCUGAAGCUGACCAAGCAGAAGACUGCUCUGCUGAUGAGGGAAUAUCAGGACCUUCUGAAUGCCAAGAUGGCAAUGGAGAUUGAGAUAACCACCUACAGAAAGCUGAUAGAGGGUGAGGACAGCCGCCUUAGCACCAUGGUUGGGGAGCUCUCUCUGACAGGUGACCCUCAACGCACCAACAGGAAUCCCUCUGAUCCUUUAGCAUUAAUUACACCCCCUGGAGGGUCUUUAAAACUUGAAGGCCCCAAAAACACAUGUACAGGGAGCAACGACACAGCUGCAGCUUCUACUGACAACCCAGCUGGUGGAAACCUACAGCAGGAGGCAACAGAGAAGUCUGAGAGGAAGACGCUCCUCAUCAGAACAGUUAAAACGGGAGAGGAUACCUAUGUGAGUGAAACUCAGCAGUGGACCGUCACCAUUUCUGGAGCUGCUGAGGACACAGAGGAAGAAUAAACGCAUCAAUGUUUCCCCGCGUUUCACUAAAUUAAAAAAGUUGUAGAAACCUGCGCUACGUUACAGAAAAUACUGGACAUCGAUCUAACCUUUUACAUGUGUUACUGACUCAAGGUGCUUUGAUGUCUCAGCUCCUCUGCCUCUUUAGUCGGCUACUGUGUUUGACUUGUUUUUGAAAAUAGCGAAAUAAACACCAAGCAAAAGCAUUCUUUUAUUAUUUUUA